AGAAGAAUGGAGAAAAGGGCGUGUUUGUUCCAAGUGAUGCUCCAGGAUCAAACUAUUUGAAUCCAAAUAUCACCAUCAAAGAUAUUCAGAUUCCAGAUGUGAAAUCCAGUCAAAGCCGGCACUACAGAAUAACCGAAGCUGUUACUGCGAACAGACCAAAAACGAUACUCGUUGAAACCGAUUCAAAUAGAAAGGUAUCGCUGCCCGCGGAAAGACCCGCCAGCGUGGCUACUCAAUUGGUUAAGAAAGUUUCAGUUCCAGCCAACAAUCCAAUGGCUGGACAAGCAGGUGGAGGAACGGCGACGACAGGAGGAACCACAUCUGUAUCUUCCAGCAGGCGAACUUCAAGACAAGAAGCAAUGAGCGGGAAUCCAACUUCUGGAACCAGUGAGCGAUCAAGCACCCGAGCAGGUGGAGCUAGUCGGUCACACGAAAAUAUUAUUGGCAAAUACAAGCUGGGCAAGACCAUAGGCAAAGGAAAUUUCGCUAAAGUGAAACUGGCGAAACACUUGCCUUCCGACAAAGACGUUGCAGUGAAGAUUGUGGACAAAAACAAACUGAAUGCUUCCAGUUUGACCAAGUUGCACAGAGAAGUUAAAAUAAUGAAAAUGGUGGAGCACCCUAACAUAGUGAGACUGUACGAGGUGAUAGAGGAGAGGAACUUCAUGUACCUCAUAAUGGAGUAUGCUAGUGGGGGAGAGGUGUUCGACUACCUGGUGGCCCAUGGCCGGAUGAAGGAGAAGGAGGCCAGAGUUAAGUUCAGACAGAUCGUAUCCGCCAUCCAGUACUGCCACGCAAAGAACAUCAUACACAGAGAUCUCAAGGCUGAAAAUUUGCUACUGGACCAUGAAAUGAAUAUCAAGAUAGCAGAUUUUGGAUUCAGUAACGAGUUCUCCAUUGGCACAAAAUUGGACACGUUCUGUGGAUCCCCUCCAUAUGCAGCACCAGAACUGUUUCAGGGCAAGAAGUACGAUGGUCCAGAAGUGGACGUGUGGAGUCUUGGAGUGAUCCUCUACACUCUAGUCUCCGGCUCCCUGCCCUUCGAUGGAGGCACCCUAAAGGAAUUGAGAGAACGUGUCCUACGUGGUAAGUAUCGAAUCCCUUUCUACAUGUCAACCGACUGCGAGAACCUCCUGAAGCGUUUCCUGGUGCUGAACCCAGUCAAGAGAUCCACGUUAGAACAGAUAAUGCAAGACAGAUGGAUGAACAUGGGCUACGAAGACGAGACAAUGAGGCCAUACAAUGGCCAGUCUCCCCUUCCCUUUUCCACAGAACAAAUAGAUCAUGUCCGAGCAGAGGCCAUAGCGAGUAAAUUGCAGACUAAUGUCACUACUGUGGAAAUCAGUGUGCGAGACAGGAAGUUUGACGAGAACUAUGCGUUCUACCACAUACUGGGUAGAAGACCGAACGAUUUGGAUACAUCUGUCGACUACAUGUCGCACGGAGUUGUGUCGAGUGGUAUUGCCGGCACCAACACCGCCACGUCAAUGCUGGGCGGGACGACCUCGGCAUCAAUGAAGUCUACCACUAAAACUAUGCAACAUCAUCAUCACCACCUCACGCCUCAGCCUAAUUCGACCUCGGCUACGUCUAGUCACCAGCAAAACAACAGUGGAACUGCUUCAACGGCCGUGAGCCGAUCGUACACAAUGACUUCAUCGGGCUCAGCUAAGCAACGUCGGCAAAGUGAAGGUACGUACGCAACACCGCGUCGACCAACUACAGCGGACACUAUGGGAGGACAUAGACCGACCAAUCAGGAGGCAGCGUCCCACCUGGUGGCCACCACAUCCACCUCAUCUAAGAGGGCAGGAGGGGCCAGUGGACACAUGAACACUUUGAACGAACAUGGCUCGACCACCAGCUCAACAAGCAGGUACAUGCAGAGUGGGGUGGACGGGGUAAACAGCAGUGCAAACAGUGCUAGCAGCAAUCGACAUGAAGCUACCAACAACCAGUCCAACACCACCAGCAGAAGCAUCGCCUCCUCCGGCUACGGAUCAUCCGGCAUCCGCGAGAGGGGAGUCAACAACAGUUCGGGUGGAGCUAAUACGCCUCACAAUCAGAGUCAGAACGCACCACAUCAGGAUGUGCGAGUGUCGUCUACACUGACUCGAAGACAGACAGUGGGUCCCAGUCCUUCCCCCCACGCGGCCAUCCAGUCUAGUGGGGUCAGUCCAGCCACAGGCACCACCAACCUCACCCCCAUCGUCAACGGCACUCAACACAUGAACAUACACGAACACAGAAGGGUCCGUGUGUACCGGAAACCACCAGUAACGCAAACGCAAGUACCGGUUACUGUAACUGCAACAGCCAAAGCAACAACCUCUAGAUCAUCAGUGGUCAAAACUGUAUGGCCACGCAAAGCCAACUUUUCAAACAGCUCAGUGUAUCAUGGUCGAACUAGCUCGGUGGGAGGUCAUAACUCAGUGACUGUGACCAGUAGUGGUGCUCCGCCCGGCAGAUCAUCUGUGAUGGUGACGUCAUCAACAUCCUCCUCGGGCGACCCACACUCAGGCUACUCGAAGAUCACGACCCCACGGCACGGAGAGCGAGUGGCCGCAACCACGAACAACGGCGGUGCAGGCAUCGGAGGACCAAACUCGCCCGCUGGGGGAUUGCAGCCGUCGAGGAUUCCGACCAGCUCCAAUAUGAACAACCACGGCUUCGAAGAGUGGAUGGCAACAUUGCCUUUGCCUAUUAGAGGGAGGCCGGGCUCAAUAGCAGCACCAACUGCUGCUGGAACAGGUGCUAUGGGUGGUCAUGGACACGCAGCUAGCAACCACUCCAACACAUCUGUCAACAGCACAAGCGGUGGAGGAGGAUCGGGAGCGACCGCCACCUCCAAUCUCAGAUGGCAGACUACAGCCUCCCCUCACCUGUCUAGGAACACACCCGGCAGAUCGACAAUCAGCGGGGCCUCUUUGAGGUCCACAGAGCACAGGAUGAUGGUGAACACUCCACAUCAGCACCAAAAUGUAGACAUGUCUAGCUCCACGUUAGGACAGCCCCAUCACAGGUCAACAGCUGGGGGUCCAGGAUACAACAGUGCAACCUCGGCCACCAACAGUCCCCUCACCCGAUCGGCCACUCAGCAGAGCAACCUGCUACACACCUCCUCAUCCCCCAGUGCCUCCCCCUCCACUGGCAACAACAUCAACCAACACCCCCACCAACUACAACAACAGCAGCACAGUCCCCAUCACGAACACCACUCCCACACACCAGGCAGUCAGACUGGAUUCAAUCGCAACCACCCCACCCAACAGUCACUCAUCGGCCGUAUCUCCACCACCUUCAAGCGCAGUGCAUCGGAAGGCAAAGGUGCACGUAGAAUAAAUUACUCGGCCACUCUCAAGACCGCUGCUGUCUACGGAGGUGGCGCGGGAGGCGCUCCGGCAGGGUCCAGAGAGUCAAACAUUUUUAACCCCUAUCUGUCCCCCAUAGGCUCAAACGCAGCCUUUCCCACUAAUAACAACCCGACAAGUAGUAAUAGUAACAAUACCGCCCAUGCUGCAAAUUAUCCAAUUCAUCCUCCCGUCUCCUUGAAUACGACAAACAUAGCUCAUAACGAGAUCGUCGGAAAGCGAAGAUUGUCGAAGGAUGUCGUCGAUGAAAGUGAUAGUGUAGUGCCUAGUCAUAACCAAUCAGCAGUCAUGCCGCCCGCCAAUUCGAACAACAGUAUUUUUGAUUCUCAUUGCAGAGACGAGACCGCAUCCCUCACUGGGGGAGGCGACAGGGGCCAAGGAGGGGCCCCUGGAACUGUGAAUAACCUGAAGCCCAGGUCACUACGCUUCACAUGGAGCAUGAAAACUACAUCGGCCAUGGAGCCGACACAGAUGAUGCAGGAGAUAUACAAGGUGUUGAUUGCACACAAUGUACAGGUCGAGUGCAGAGAGAGGUUCCUCUACUAUUGCACAUACGCAGGAGGAUGCAAUGCAGAUGGCAGUGACUCAGACGAGAGCAAAAUCACGUGGGAAAUGGAGGUGUGCAAACUACCCCGACUCUCCCUCAACGGAGUCCGAUUCAAACGCAUCUCGGGUACCUCAAUAGGAUUCAAAAACAUCGCCUCCAAAAUUGCAAACGAACUCAGACUAUGAGACGUGCAGGAACGCGAAAACCAAUACAAGCAGUGAACUAAAUACAGAGAAACCGUUCAUGUCUCGGUGCGAUGUACCUGCUCCUUCACUUUACACCCUUACAGAAUUCGCGGGUUUCUAUUGCAAAGCAAUCACCAAGUCACCCUAAGAACCUUAAAAGUAUCCCCUUCGCAGCAGAAAGAAUCCAGGGUUGGAUGGCCAAUAUCACAUUGUGAUGUCAUCAAAUUAAAUCAAUCGUAACUCCUCAUGAUCAAUUUGCUCACCUUUCGAGUCUGAGGAGCAUUUUUUGUCCUGUUUUCCGGCUCCCUUAGAAGACGUUUUGGUACUUGGAUAUCAUAAUUUGGCAUUUUUACUCUCCUCUCUUUUUCGAUUCGACUUGAAUCGAUUUCGACUAUCUAUCAUCUUCACACAGUCUUUAGUUAGCGCAUUUCCGAUUGUCACGACACCAAAGCUUUGCCUUUAUUGUUCGACACUUAAACUGAAAUCUGAGUGUUUACAAACAUAAAUACAGGUGAGAACUCUCUCUUCUCUUUUCCUGCUUUAUUAUUUAUCGUCCAUGCAAAACUCAUUAAAUUCGACAUAUUCUCCAUGUGUGACCCAUUUGCUCAAUCGAUAAGUUUGGAUGUUUCGAAUUGUGAAAAAAACUGGUGCUCAACUCUUCUAUCUGGGAGCAAAUUACAUUACCGUUACGCAAUUGUGCAACGUUUGUUCAUAGUGCUUAAACUAUUGCUGAUGCACUCCAGGAAUCCGUUUGUGGUUUAAUAUUUCAAAUAAUUUCCGAAGGCAGUUCUAGUUAUAGUGCAUUUUCGAGACUGAUUUGAGUAAACUUUUUUGAAAGCUGGAAGGUCUUCAUCAUUAUCAUGGAAAAAUCGUUAUUCGAUGCAAUCUAAAUCUUUGUAAUUAAAAGCGUUGUUAAAACUCCCUAAGCUAAUCGGAUAAUCAAUAUAAUUGUCAAAUACUUUGCAACAUGAUUGAUCAGUCUAUUGUCGCUCCCCUUCAAUGUUUUACAUGUCUUGGGUGUUUCAAAUUAAUAAUUUAAACCAAAGCUAUUUCAAUAAGUCGACAUAUAUUUGAAAUAAAAAAACUAUCUUAAAUUAGAUUUAUACUACUGCAAAUGGAGAUCAAAUGAUAUUUCUAUUGGAGAACGAUGAUGCUUGUUUUGUUAUGAAUUGAUUCAUUGGAUUUAUUGUCUAUUUUCGACACAUGAAAAGGUUUAAUUAUGACAAUUAUAUCUAGCGAAAAUUUAAAUACUACCUUCUAA